CGCGUCGGCCUCCCAAAGUGCUGGGAUUACAUAGGCAUGAGUCACCGGGCCCGGCCUGGGGAAUCUGUAAAUGGGAUUUUGGGGAAUCAUAACGGAAUGGUGCCUAAGUGUGAAAAUAUACAAGCCUGCGCAGAGCUGCAAGGCUCACGGCCGCGUGGCCAGCCCCUUCCGCUUUACGUCUGAUGUCACGGCGUACGCGCCGGCGGGGGCGGGCGGAGCUUGGCAGCUCUGUGUUUAGCGGCUGAACCUGUGCGACUGCGCGGGAAGACGUUCCGCUUUGAAAUGCAGCGGGAUUUGCUGAGUUUCCCGCUGUCUCCAGCGGUGCGGGCGAAGUUGGUGUCUGCGGGUUUCCAGACUGCUGAGGAACUCCUGGAGGUGAAACCCUCCGAACUUAGCAAAGAAGUUGGGAUAUCUAAAGAGGAAGCCUUAGAAACUCUGCAAAUUAUAAGAAGAGAAUGUCUCACAAAUAAACCAAGAUAUGCUGGUACAUCUGAGUCAGGAAAGAAGUGUACAGCACUGGAACUUCUUGAACAGGAGCAUACCCAGGGCUCCAUAAUUACCUUCUGUUCAGCACUAGAUAAUAUUCUUGGGGGUGGAGUACCCUUAAUGAAAACGACAGAAAUUUGUGGUGCACCAGGCAUUGGAAAAACACAAUUAUGUAUGCAGUUGGCAGUAGAUGUGCAGAUACCAGAAUGUUUUGGAGGAGUGGCAGGUGAAGCAGUUUUUAUUGAUACAGAGGGAAGUUUUAUGGUUGAUAGAGUGGUAGACCUUGCUACUGCCUGCAUUCAGCACCUUCAGCUUAUAGCAGAAAAACACAAGGGAGAGGAACACCGAAAAGCUUUGGAGGAUUUCACUCUUGAAAAUAUUCUUUCCCAUAUUUAUUAUUUUCGCUGUCGUGACUACACAGAGUUACUGGCACAAGUUUAUCUUCUUCCAGCUUUCCUUUCAGAACAGUCAAAGGUUCGGUUGGUGAUAGUGGAUGGCAUUGCUUUUCCAUUUCGUCAUGACCUAGAUGAUCUGUCUCUUCGUACUCGGUUAUUAAAUGGCCUAGCCCAGCAAAUGAUCAGUCUUGCAAAUAAUCACAGAUUAGCUGUAAUUUUAACCAAUCAGAUGACAACAAAGAUUGAUAAAAAUCAGGCCUUGCUCAUUCCUGCAUUAGGGGAAAGUUGGGGACAUGCUGCUACAAUACGGCUAAUCUUUCAUUGGGACCGAAAGCAAAGGUUGGCAACAUUGUACAAGUCACCCAGCCAGAAGGAAUCCACAGUACUGUUUCAAAUCACAGUCAGUAUUAUUUGAUUAGAGUGGGAUUUUUAUAUUGGUGGGCAGUAAUUAUCUGAAGAGAGAAUUUACAACUUGCUUCUGUUAACUUCUGUAGGCAGCAAGCAUAUUUGAGGACAGCUUUUGAUGCUUAGAACAUCGUCCCCAAAAUAGUAAUAUACAGAAUAUUGUAGUCACAAAUGGACUGAAAUUUAUUCUUAAGAACAGAGGAAAUACUUAUUUUCGGGUAGUGUGUUCCAUGCCAUAUGUAAUGUCAGGAUAUUAAAAAUCUUUAAAGGGAAAGUUGUUGAAGAUUUCCCGAAAAGAAAAAAAUACUAAUAUUACUUAUUUUGGUCUUGUAGGUAUUAUAGAGCUAUUGUAGCCACCAAAUAUAGCCCACUUUAAGAUGUUAAUUUUUCUGUGAAUUUACAUCAUAGAACACAUAUUUUUGGGUAAAAUAUGCAUAUUUAUCAAUAAUGUUGAGGCCCAAGUAUAUUUUUGGCAUCUCAUUUUUCU